AUGACAGUCGAAGCAAAUGUAGAAAGAUAUGUUAAAAAUACAAUUGAUAAACUUCCAAUCUACGAUUUUAGAAGAGACAUUGUAAUCUUAGGCCAUUACUCUAAAAAUGGAAAGACUUACUAUAAAUAUAAAGAUCUUCAUAAUCAAAUCAAAAUAACAGACUCAAGAAAUUUACUUGGAGAAGAUUCGUUAUUUAGAUACUGGAAUGAAAUCGCAAUUCUCAAUAAAGUAGCUUCAACAGAUGAAAAACAUUCAAAAAAUAUUCCACAACAAAACAAAGAACCUCUAUCAAUGAACUGUGGUCCACUAGUAAAAGGAUUUCCUGAAAGUCAAAAUUACGUUUUUCUUGAUAAUCAAGAACAAGAAAUUAAUUUAAACUUACAAACUAUGAAUAGUAGCCACAAAGCAGCGCUACUUGAAUUACUUACAAACACACUUCAUAGAUCAUAUGAUAGUUCUUGA